AUGUCUUCACUCGUACCCUCACCACAGGACUCGUCAUCUCAUAUGAUGAAGACAACAAGGGCUGGCCGACCCUUCCACCGCGGAACUAUCGAGCUAUUUGGAAUACUAAUGAUGUCUAUGCAACUGAGCCUCCACCGACAGCACUUUCGUUCAUUCCCCAACUCAUUCACCGUCGACGAAGCCGUUGAACACCUGAAGUCCGUGCGGUUCUCUCAAUGUACCCGGGGCUCCGAAACAAGCGACCCGUUACGAAUUAUGACAACGACUAGAACGUUUACGUUCUCCAUGACACGCGACAUGGCUCGCGCGAUAGUUCAGCAUUUCAUCGACGCUAGGCUUAUAGAGAAUGCAACCGAUCCUAUGCAGACCUUCGUGAAGGACCGCGGUAUCUAUACCAUCAGCCAUAAAGGCCUCCAUGUCCUCGAGCGAUUCACCGCGAAGAACGGCGUGGAAUACCCGCAGCUUCCCAUCCUCCUAGAAACCCAACCGAUAUGCGUAAAACUGAUACAGCUGCAGAGACGAUCAGAAGAUGAUGAUAUCGUGAUCACAAGACCCAUCAUUCAUGCACUCUUCCGCCGUUUUGCUGGAACUCGACCAAAUUAUAUUUCCAAGAAAAGCGGGGACCAGGAUUUAUUUCAAAAACUCCACGAGCGCUCGAAAGGCAUCGUCCUGAAGGAUUUUACAUCGACAGGCAAGCAACGCCACAAGCACCGUUGCUGCUUUUCCGCGGUCAGUGCGAUGGAAUGGAUGUGUGACUUCACAUCGGUCGUUGGCAGAGAGGAAGCAGCAGAGAUUGCGGCCCAAUUCUGUCGCUUCAGAUUGAUAUCGCUAGUGAGCGAGGACGUGCGGGACGAAGACGCCAUUGUCUUCACCGUCAGAGGAUCAGGUCCGGACGAAGAAAAAUAUAGCCGGGGGGAAUUUGUGUGCAGUCAAUCGGCGGUUUAUACUGUGACAGACGAAGGGCGUCAGCUGCUUCACUGGAACGCCACACUUCUCUCAACUGUCAUUGACAGCCUGAAAUCGAAGUCGUCAUCGUCCCUCGCUACGUCUGAAUCAACGAGAGUUGAUCAUGAUGGCACCCUUGCCGAACGACGUAGUGUGAAGGAAAGCAACUUUACCCGCCUUCGUUACGUCCUCGAAAAGCCAAUGCUUCGUUCGCUUUUCCGUGAAUUCCUCCGUGGCUCGUACUGCGAGGAGAACUUGUCGUUCUGGCUGGAUGUCGGUGACUUCAAGCGCAAGUUCGCCGUUACGUCUAGUGUCAAGGUAGCAGAUGAUCAACCAGCUGGUGGCAAGUCUCACGGCCAAGAAGCCAUGGAAAAGCAUCACGAUUACCUCGUGCGCCUUGGAUUCCGGAUAUAUAACAACUACUUGGCCCCAUCUUGCCCCGCCGAACUGAGUAUCGACUCUAGGCUACGCUCGGAUUGCGUCAAGUUCUUAGACGAGGUACUAGCGACCGGACGGACAACCAAGGCAUUCAGUACGCAGCUAGAACCCGAGCACAAGUCCGCCUUCGAUACAUCACAGCUACAAAGGAUGAUCAAUCAAUACGAGUCUAUUUCUGCGAGCGUGUUCAAGACGAUGGCUUUGGAUUCGAUACCCAAGUUCUGCGACUCACCCACAUAUAUCGACGCCCACAAUCAACUAGAGCUAGAGGAUUCAGGUAGCGACAUCAAAUUCUUGACGCCUUCCGACGAAACACCAGAUCCAGACUUCAGCGGAAUAUACAUCAGUGUCUCGCAACUGGCUGGCGAAUCCAAAUCCGGGAAAUUUGUAUAA